GGCUUUUUAGUGAAAACUUAUUCUACCCCGCUGCACAAAGAGCAGUGAGCAGUCGCAGUCUCCUCCACGCUGUGAGUGCGCAGCGCCUGCACAGACCGCUCCAAUUUGGAACUAAAGCCCACUUUGCAUGAGCCUGCGUACCUUUGAUGCGGUUUUCUCUGCCGUGAAAGACCCUCGCUUUUCCGCUGUGGCUGUUUUCCAGCAGAUACUCCGACCCCGAAAACCGUCGGGACCUGUGAAGAGAGAAGCUGCUGCUGCGGGAGUGGUCUGGAAACUUUUGCCAUCAUGAGCACGCGAACGGUCAACCUUGAUACCUACAGCCUGUCGCUGCUCACGGCCAAAGAGGACAUCCUCAACCCCCGUUCUUCCACCAACUGGGCAUUAUUCGCAUAUGAUGGAGUGACCAACAAGCUCAAACUGGCUGACUCAGGAGCGGGUGGUGUGGCAGAGCUGGCAGGGAAGUUUCACAUAUCCAAGCCGCAAUAUGGAUUGUGCAAAGUGGGAAGUGGGGAGACAGGAGGUCUCCGGAUUGCUAUGAUCAGCUGGGUCGGCCAAAAAGUGGAUGACUACCGGAGGACAGAAUGUGCCACCCACAUUCCAGCCAUCAAGAACUUUUUCAAGGAGGCACAUGUGUUCAUUAGUGCUGAGAAGGUGGAGGAUGUGACAGAGGAGAAGAUAAGAGCAGAGCUCAGCAAGGCCCAUGCCCAUGCUCCUACACAGUGGGUGAGGAGGAGCUCCAGGUCUGCUGACAAGGAAGAGAUAGUGGGCACAAACUACAGAAAAACUAAUGCUGCAAUGGAGAUGAGACUAAUAAACAGAGAUUCCUUCUGGGCACGGGCAGAGCGUGAAGAAGAAGCGAGGAAAGAAGAGGAGAGGAGACGAGCAAUGGAGGAGAGACGGCGCCUUGAAAGAGAACGAGUUCUGAAGGAACGAAGGGAUGCAGAAGAGAGAGACAGAAAGAUGAACGAGAAACUACAGAUGAUUGAGGAGCAGAGAAGAAAACAGGCAGAGCAAGAAGAGGAGCUGCGCAGAAAGGAGAAGUUGAAAUGGGAGCAGCAGCAGAGGGAACAUGAGGAAGAUAUGAGGGCUCGUCUUAGAAGGAGUGAAUCCAUAGAGAAAGCAGCAGAGGCAGCAGCAUUAGUGUCCCAACGAUCCAUGAACCCUAGAGAGUUCUUCAGGCAGCUGUCAUCAUCAUCAUCACAAAGUCCCACCAGUCCUGGAGCCUCCCGCACUGGCAAACCAUUCAGACGAUACCAGCGCAGCCUGACAGACACAGCUUUUAUCUUCUCUAAAGCCGAAGAGAGCACAGCAUCCUCGCCCCGCAGUUCUCCGCUGGUGUCUCCUUUCUCCCGGUUUCCACCCUCACCCAUCUACCGUACCACGUCUCCUCCCACAAGCCCCGAUUUCCGCCCCGUCACCUCUCCACAAAGGCCCAGAGCCCCCAUGUCACCGCCCACGUCGCCUCCUCGCCCGGCCCCCCCACUCUCUGCCCUGCCCAGUGUUCCACAAACCAACGACCAGAUUCAGGCUGUCGUUGAGCCCAAAGCUCCUUCACCUUCAGAACCCUCUGCGCCUCCGGCCUCCCCUAGCCUCUUGGCUUCCUUGUCCCCCAGUUUAGUAAAAAACAACCCAUCUCAGCCACGCACACAGGCCCUGCCUGCCUCACCCCCAAAUACCCCAACCGAGCCAGAGCACUCAACUUUCUGCUUUGAGCCGGUUCUACCUCCACAGGCUCCAACUGCGCCUCUUCCUGAGAGACCACAGCCAAACACAGACCUCAACACAGCCACUCAUGUGCACACUGAGCUGGUCUCAGACAUUGGCUACAAAGUACAGGCUGUGCUGGUGGAGGAGGACGAGGAAGAGGAUGUGGAAGAGCACAAGGAAGAUGAGGCUGUAACGCAACCCCAGCCUUGUGCUGUUACCACAGAACCUGUCCAGACCGACGCAGAAGAGCAGGAGCAAGAGGAGGAGGGACAGGAGAAGCAGGAGAAGGUGGAGGACGACAAGGAAGAAGAGGAGGAGGAGGGACAGGAGAAGCAGGAGGAGGAGAAAGGCAAGGAGGAAGAGGAGGAGGAGGAGGGACAAGAGAAGCAGCAGGAGGUGGAGGAGGACGAGGAGGAGGAACAAGAGAAGCAGGAGGUGGAGGAGGAGGAGGAGGGACAGGAGAAGCAGGAGGAGGAGGAUUACAAGGAGGAAGAGGAGGUGGUUUUAAAUCAGGAAGCUGAGGCUGCAUCACAGGAGGAGCCAGCAGAGGUGGUGCAGGAGGAAGACGAGGCAAAGGCAGAUGGAGAGGAGAAUGACCAAUCAGAAGACAGCCAGGCCCCUGCUGAGCCUGCUGAGCUUUCAGAUAAAGAAGAGGAGUCAGCAGUCACAGAUGCCGAGCCAGUUUGUCAAGAAAUCAAACACGAGACCAUCGUCCUGUCAACCAAUGGGAUUACAAAUGGAGACGACACACAGGAACAGAAUGGCAUAGAGAGAUCUUUGAGUCCGUCUGACACAGAGCUCAGCUCACCAGAGCUGGCUGUGUGCUACGAUCUUCAUGGCACGGUGGAUAAGGAACAGGAGAUCUCAGAAAACGGACAAGAGGUUUUAGCCGAGCGACAAAUGUGUGUCCGAGCUCUAUAUGACUACCAAGCAGAGGACGAAUCUGAGAUCUCCUUUGAACCCGGUGACAUCAUCAGGGACGUGGAAACGGUGGACAAAGCCUGGUGGAGGGGGUGGAGCAAAGAUGGCCGUCAAGGCUUGUUCCCCGCCAAUUAUGUGGAGACCAUCUAAAGAGACAGAGAAACACUAGCACGCUUGCACACACACACACACACACACACACACACGUACACACACACUCAGGGACACCAUCUCCCCUUACGUUAAUGCAUGUUUUUACCUUAAUCCUCCCACUGAAACUUUGUACUCUCUAUUUUGUAGAAAGGAUAAAGAAAAAUGUGACUCUCUGUUUUGAUGUUUUUGAGAAAAACAAAAUAUUCUCACAAAUAUGCAGAAAUUACCCAGCCUCAUUUUCUUGGUUAAAAUAGCAAAGACCUUUUCCUGGACCAAAAUAACUUAUUUCCUUUUGAGAUACAGUAGGAAUGUUGGUGGGAGGGAUCAGAUCAUGAUGACAAAUGAUCACAAACUUGCCUUUGUUGUAAGAAACACAAACAGAUUUUUAUAUAGUCUUCUUUUUGAUCCACACAUAUAACAAGCAUUCCAUCAUGCUCACCGUUUGCUUUGUGUGUUACAUUGCUAAAAAAUAAUUUACUACUCUUGACUGGUAUACUAUAUAAUCAAGAUUCAUGUAUCAGACAUCAUCUUAUAAUCAUCUUCCUGUAUUUCCUGAGUUAUUUUGUAGCUCUGUAUCUGUUACUGACAGUCUCGCAGCACAUUUAAUUACCCAGACAGCAUCAGCAGCAGCAUAACAAAAUAUAAACAAGCAAAGGAAAUAGGCACUGUAUUGACACCUGUAUUUCUCUAUCACUCUUUGGAUGGGCUGUUAUUUUGUUCAUAUGGUGAUGUCCUUCCAUACAUUUUGUGAUUAUGUCUCACCUUAUUUUUUCCUAGAUCUUGAGAAAUGAAAACAUUGUGUUGACACACAGAUGAUAUGAUUUUGUUUUCCCCAAUUUUAAUCUUCUGUAAUAUCUUAAUACUCUACAAUGUAUAUAAGAAUGUAUAAAAACAUCAAAGAUCUUCUCUUUUUCUAUACUUGGCUUGUAUGUUUGUAUGUUGUAUGCUUGUUUGAUGGUAUGUAUGUUCUUUGUAUCUACUCCAAACUUACAAAUAUACAGCUUCUACAAACUCAGAA